ACCUAUGCCUCCUGUAAGACCCUAUGAUCUGUGAACUGUACAUGAAACAGACAACAUAUUGGUGUCAUUAUACUCCUUAUAGUGUUCUGUCAAAUAUGGAGUAUGUUUAGAUUCUGAAAUACAAUUUUUUACAAUUAUUUAUUCAACGUGAAAUCUUUGAUCUUUUAUUUCAGCUCAUGAAACAGGGGACCAACACUUUACAUGUUACGUUUAUAUUUUUGUUCAGUAUAGUUUUGAUCAGUCAAAUUGGAUCCCUUACUAAAAAGUAGCUGUCGGUCUUUCUCACUGUAGCCUAAUUAAGUUGUUGAUAAAAAUUUAUGAAUUGUACUGACUCACUCUCUCUCUCUCACACACACACGCACACACACACACACACACACACACACACACACACACACACACACACUCUCCUCAGUUAAUUUAGUUGUUGACAAUUAAUAGUAAUUACCCGAUAGCUCCUCUCUAUGUGAGCAGACUCAGUAGACUGUGAGUUUGCAUGGACAGUUAGUACAUUAUGGAGGAGUUCCCAGAGAGCUUUAACCAGCUAGAACUGCUGAAGACCCACGACCACCUGAUCCCCCGUGGAGCAUGCAGCCUCUGGCCGGGAGACGAAGGAGAGGGAGAGGAAGAGGAGGAGGGGGAAAGGAGUGAAGAGUGGUAUCAGCAGAAAGAGGAGAAACUGAAAGACAGACCGGAGGAGCUCAUGCUGUGGGCGGCGGAGAAUAACAGACUGCCAACGGUCAAGCGGCUGCUCUCGGUCGACCCCUUGCUUGCGCAUUGCCAGGACGAGGACGGUUAUACUCCGUUGCACCGCGCGGCCUACGGAGGCCACGCCGCCACGGCCUCUACCCUGCUGGCAGCGGGCACCGAAGUUAACUCCCGUACUGCCGACGGCUGGACACCCCUACACAGUGCCUGUCGCUGGGGCCAAGUCGCCACCGCGUCCCUCCUGUUGCGCCAAGGGGCGGAGCUGAAUGCGCAGACCAAUGGCGGCCUCACAGCGCUCCACCUAGCUGCCUCCUACCCCGGACCGGGCUCCGCCCACACGCUGGAGUUCCUCCUAUCACAGCGCCACAUAAAGGCGGAGCUUCGGAGCAAAAGCGGGGAGACGGCCAGUGAAAUCUCCCGCCGAAGUGGACCGCAUCACUUCCUGUUUGAGAUGGUGGAGGACUGUAACAGCGUGCUGUCUCCCCGGUGACCCCCCCUCACACACACAAACACACACACAUACAUCCUUUCCCUCUACCCAGGGGCCUUCAUGGAAGACAAGACAGUGUUCCAAGAAGUGUCUUAUGAACAUAUGAACAGUCAUGUACACCACCACAUAGUCUUUCUUUGCAGUCCUGGCAGGAAACCUCAAUUCUCAGUAUGACAGUUUCUCUUAUGUAUCCUCUGCACGCUUUAUUUGUCUGGGUCCCAAAUGGCACUAUAUUCUGUACAUAGUGCACUACUUUUGGGCCCUGGCCUGGUCAAAAGUAGUGCACUAUAUAAGGGAAUAGGGUGCCAUUUGGGAUGUAGCCCCUAAUAACAGGGCACUUGGAAUGGGUUGAAAAUAACUGGUCCAAUUAGCAUCCUCUCAGAAACUAUGGGUGAUUUUAGCAUGGAAACCCACAUGGUCAGACACUGUACUUUGGAUUAGGUCUGAUUGGUGGAAGGUUAUCCAAAUUAUCCAAUUGCUGACAUUCAUUUUUUAUAAUGCCCGUCAUUACAGACGUAGGCUCAAAUGGGUUUCAAUGGUGGGAUGACUAAUAUUGUGAAAGAAGCUGAGCAUUUUGGGUUCCAGGCUAAAUUGUGUGUGCUGGAGUAGUGCUUAUCAUUGGUCUCUGAGCAUUGGGGUGUAUUAAUCUCAUUUAUUGAAUUGAUUGUUGAGCGUUGUGGCCAUUAGAAAUAUAAUUAUUCAUUCUAAUUCUAUGGUUACUGCAAAUGUUUUGGUCAUCCAAGUGUCAUCCGUGCUCGAUAUAAAAAUAAAAUUAGUAUAAAUCUUU